AUGUUGACUCGAAUUCUGAAGACGCACCAUGCUCUACCUAGAGCUGUGUCCAGAGGAUGUCCGAGACAAUAUCACGAUGAUUCUACUUUUGGAUAUAGGGUCCCCCAGAAGUAUGAAUUACCGGAUUACACACAGAAAGAACUAGACAACAGAAAUGCAAACGCGCCUCUACUUCGUUACGUUGAAUCUGUCCGUCGGCAUGGCCACCGAGCAGCACAGAUAGACCCAUUAGAUCUGAUGGACAGAGACCCUGUUGGAGCUCUUGAUCCACUUCGAUACGGAUUGGAAGCGUUGCAGUCAUAUCCACUUCAAGGUAUUCUUCAUCUUCCUCCUUCACCUGAGCCCACAACACCACCCAGUACUGUUGGACCCGAACGCAGCGAGACGGGAGAAGGAUCAAAGGUCUCUGUAGCACUUGAUAAGAUAAAAGAACAUUUGAUGAGCGUGUACGUUGACAAGAUCGGUUUUGAGUAUAUGCAUUGUCCUGAGAAGAAUGAGAGAUUAUGGUUUUCGCAUCACGUUGAAACGGAAACCUCAUCUUUUCCUCUCCCACUAGAUGAUAAAAGAAGGAAACGAAUUUGGGAGUUAUUGAUGAGAAGUGAAGAACUGGAUAAAUUUUUGGCGAAGAAAUUUCCCAAUCUUAAGCGAUAUGGCUGUGAAGGGGCAGAAAGUAUGUUACCAGCUUUAUCUUCUUUAUUCGAAGUUUCCGCCGAAGCUGGUAUAUCAUCGAUUGUUCUGUCAUUACCCCAUCGAGGAAGGUUAUCACUUUUAUGUGAUCCGGACUUGAUGGCAUUUCCACCCAAAGCACUAUUCGCUAAGAUCAAAGGUAAACCUGAAUUCGAUCCGGCUACAGCUCCAGGAGCCACUGGUGAUGUGAUAAGUCACUUAUCUGCCACUCGACAGAUACCCUUCGAUACUGGUAAAAGAGUGAAGGUCAAGGUAUUGCAGAAUCCAAGUCAUCUAGAAGCUGUUAAUCCGGUAGCAUUAGGUGUAACAAGAGCAAAACAAAUGGAAUUACUCAAAAGCUCUCCACGAGAAUGUCAAUUAGGAGAUAAAGUUAUGUGCGUACAAUUACAUGGUGAUGCUGCUUUUGCAGGUCAAGGUGUAGUUGCGGAGAGUCUUGGAUUAAGUGGUUUACCUCAUUUUGGAAGCGGAGGAACUGUUCAUAUUAUCGUCAACAAUAACAUCGGCUACACAACUCCCGCUUCUCUAGCCAGAUCGUCAAUCUAUUCAUCAGACAUCGCCAAAAUGAUUGGUUGUCCAAUCCUCCAUGUCAACGGUGAUCACCCUGAAUCAGUCACGAGAGCUGUAGACAUAGCUUUUAGGUAUAGACAGAUGUUCAGGAAAGAUGUCAUCAUCGAUUUGAUCUGUUAUCGAAGAUGGGGACACAAUGAGUUAGACGAACCUGCUUACACACAACCGCUCAUGUACAACAAGAUCAGGGGAAGAAAGAGUGUUCCCGAGUUAUACGAGUCUCGUCUAGUCGAACAACAACUUCUUACCUAUGAGGCAGCUUCAAGCACUCGAAGAGAUCAUGUAAAUCACCUUGAGGAACAUUUCAAUCAAGUCGAAAGCUACAAGCCAAGAUCUGAGAUGCUCGAGGGUAAAUGGAAGAAUUAUGUAUGGCCUGCUGGGUCAGAGGCCGAUCAUGAUCCAGACACGGGCGUGAAAGAAGAAGAGUUGCUAGAUGUUGCUCAAGCGAGUGUAACAUUACCGGACAGCUUCAAUAUACACCCAAGAUUGAGAAGACAUAUUUCCUCUCGCUUGAAAUCGCUCGAUGCCAAAGUCGAUUUUGCAACGGCUGAAGCUAUGGCUUUUGGAACUUUGAUGAAAGAAGGUCUCGAUGUUAGAAUAUCUGGACAAGAUGUUGGCAGAGGUACUUUCUCACAAAGGCAUGCUAUGUUCGUCGAUCAACAAACUGAAUCUUGUCACAUCCCACUGAAUGAAGGGCUGAGUGGUGCCACCGGAAAGCUUGAAUUAGCCAAUAGCUCGUUGAGCGAGAUGGCAGUCCUUGGUUUUGAAGUUGGGUUAUCUUGGUCAGACCCCCAGCUCCUGCCAAUAUGGGAAGCUCAAUUCGGUGAUUUCAUGAAUGGAGCUCAGAGUAUGAUUGAUACUUUCAUUGUCGGCGCAGAAGCAAAAUGGUUGAAACAAAGUGGUAUCGUAAUAAUGCUUCCUCAUGGAUAUGAUGGCGCUGGACCCGAACAUUCUUCAUGUAAGGUCGAAAGGUUCUUACAGCUGUCUAACGAUACCAGGACAACCAAUACUUAUGGUGACAUCAACUUGACUGUUGUCAAUCCUUCGACUCCUGCUCAGAUGUUCCACAUUUUACGAAGGCAAAUGAAACGAAAUUACAGAAAACCUCUGAUUGUCGCUUCUCCCAAAGGAUUACUCCGCUCACCGCUCGCCGCAUCUUCUUUAUCCGAAAUGACUCCCGGUAACACUUUCCAGCCGAUUAUCGAAGGUCCGACCAAUUCUUCUGCAGAUAGAGUGGUCCUCUGUACAGGUAAACAUUACUAUACUCUUCUUGAACAUGUGACCAAAACAGACAAAAUGUCGUCAGUGAAUAUGGUACGUGUCGAAGAAUUGUCACCCUUCCCAUAUUCAGAAUUAGAAAAUACACUUUCGAAAUACAAGAAUAAGGAAAUUGUAUGGGCCCAAGAGGAACCUUCGAAUCAAGGUGCUUGGUCAUAUGUCAAACCUCGCUUAGAAGGAAUCUUGGAGAAAGUGGGGUAUGAAGGUACGAUUAGAUAUGCAGGUAGAAAAGUGGGAGCUACGACGGCUGUCGCAGUUGGAGAAUGGCAUAAGAGGGAGGUGGAAGAGAUUGUAAAAGCUGCUUUGGAAUAG